AUGGUCUUUUUCGGAAAUUCUCUUCGUGUCAGUCAUCUUACUUUUCUCCCUAAACGUUUGCUGAGUAUAAGUCAAUUAAAAGAAAGAAGUCUUAUAUGUGUUCACGGCACAUCAGCCAAUGAGUUUUUACAAGGACUUAUAACAAAUGAUAUCAAAUCUAUAACUCAACCUAAUUCAUUCAUGUAUUCAUUGUUUCUCAAUUCAAAGGGUAGAGUUCUAACUGAUGCAUUUAUCUAUCAUACUAAUCGUUUAUCAACUAAUCAGUCUGAUUAUCUUGUUGAAGUUGACGUCAAAUGCGUACCUGAUCUGGUUAAACACUUAAAACAGUAUAAUUUACGUGGGAAAGUUAAGAUAGACACCGAUUUAUCAGUGUACCCUUGGGUCGCUAUGCCGACAUCAGGACACUCAAAUCAACUGGAUAAUUAUAAAGCAUGGUUGCCAGUGAAUUCACCUGAUAUUAGUGAUCAACAACAGUUGAUAUUUUUCGCUUCAGAUCCUAGGGGUAUAUCUGGUUGGUCUGGACGCAUACUGUCAACAUCUAAUACAAAUGUCAGUAGUAUUUUUCCAUCAUGUAAUACACAACCACUUGAUAUAAACCUGUAUCACAAUGCACGUUGGGAAUUGGGCUUACCAGAAGGUAUUAAAGAAUUCAUUACAAAUGAUACAUUACCGUUCGAAGCGAAUGCUGAUUUAUCCGGUGGAGUUAGUUUUUCCAAAGGAUGUUAUAUUGGUCAAGAGUUGACAGCACGUACACACUUUACUGGAGUUAUUCGGCGAAGAUAUGUACCGAUUAAAAUAGUGUUGAAGGGGAAUAUUGAUGCUUUAAAAACAUCAAUUAGUGUCAGUAAUUUAUACAAUGCACCAAUUUAUCAAAUAGAUAAAAAUGAUAAACCAUUUGAAUUAUCAAAGUUAAAACCAAUUGGAUGGAUUCGAAAUGUAAAUAUUAAUAAUUUCAUUGUUAUUAAUGAUAAUGAUAAUCAUUUGAAUAUUGAUAAUGAAUCAAUCAGUGGUAUAGCAUUGAUACGUUUAAUUGAAAUAAAUGAACAACAAUAUAAACUAAUAGUAAAUAUCCCUAUUCAUACUGAUUGUGAUCAUCAUCAUCAUCAUAAUAAUAAUAAUACUAAUACUAAUAGUGUAAUACAAUUAGAUAUUAUUCCAUAUAUACCAUCAUGGUGGCCUGAUAAUAUAGCGCCAACAAUCAAACGAAUUGCAUGUACAUAA